AUGUCGGAUUGCACCUUCAUUGCUACAAGUCAGAUACCUCAUGCUAAUCCACUGCUCUCGUGCCGACUAUCGAUGCAAAUAGGUGUGUGGUUGUCGAUGGUGGAGGUCAGUGGAGGUGCUGCCCAAUCGCUUCACAUUCGCACCAGCGGCUUGAGUUCAUGUUCGCAGACUCUUGAUAUCGAAUUGCAUAAUAACAAUCAGUCCCGUUCGGUUCGCCUCCAAAAAGCCGGCACUGCUCAGCCUCCCAUCUCGAGGCGGAUAGAUAUUGCCGACGAUCUCGGGUUUGCGAUGUCAGGUACCGACUAUGCCAGGUCGGGGCCGAUGCUGGCUGGCAAACCUGUGUCGUAUAGGAAGGAAACGAAGCAGCAACAUAAGCGCCACCAGGAUAGAGAGGUUGGGGCCCAGCAAGGUCGGGUGCAUACUGAGGGCAUCGUUUGGCGACGGCGUUGGUACGGUUUCUUGGACGAUGACGGGUUCGACGGCGGUUGUGCUUUUGACCCAUAG